GUAUGAACACAACAGCCAGAUAAAGAAGGUAGGACUUGUGGUCAACAAAAUCAUUAUUCGCCCGGUAAUGAAUUGGAAGAAGCUUAGUGGCGAGAAUGACUGGGAGGGUCUCCUGAAUCCUCUCAACGUUGAUCUCAACAAGAAUAUAACUUUCUAUGGUGACAGUGUUCACGCUAUUUAUGACUCCAUCAGUAAAGAUGCCACCAGUCAGGGUUAUGCAUAUCCCAAAUACGGAGAACAAGAUUUAUUUUCUCAAGUUGGUCUAGACAAACAAAGCAAGAUAUACCAAGUGAAAAAGUAUAUCUAUGCAAACAUAAAUGUUGGUUUCCCGUGGGAUUUGGUUCGCCAGGACGGAUCCACCUGGAUUGGUUACGUUGCUGUGGCCACAGAUGAAGGAAAGAAAGUGCUAGGAAGGAGAGACGUUUUGGUUUGCUGGAGAGGAACCUCCAGUGACGGGGAGUGGUUUAAAAAUUUACAGAUCAUGAGUCCGAUCUAUCCUCAACUCAUAUUCCCGUUUGUCAGACAUCCUAAGGUGCACCAGGGAUUUUACUCCGUCUACACUGAGCCAAACCCAGCAUCGAAUAAAGAAGAAAGAAAUGCUAGAGAUCAGGUUUUGCAAGAAGUUCGUUCUUGGGUAAACGAAUACAAAGAUGAAGAAGUUAGCAUAACAGUGACAGGACACAGUUUGGGGGCAGCUCUUGCUACAUUGAAUGCAACUGAUAUAGUUUCCAAUGGAUAUAAUAUGCCCAAUCCCAAUCCAGGCAACAAGGAGUUCUUGAUCACAGCAUUUGUGUUUGGGAGCCCCAAGUGUGGAGACGAAGAAUUCAAAAAUGAAUUCGACAGGCUUACAAGAAACAAUUGGAAGCUCCGUCUCUUACGUAUUACAAAUGAUGAUGAUGCAAUUACUCGCCUUCCAAAAUUUACUCCUGUUAAAUUCGUUGAAGUGGGAAACGAGAUAACGAUUAGCACCACCAAUGCAAGUGAAGAUGGGGGUAACAAGGUCUCCACUGCUCAUAGUUUGAAGAAUUAUAUCAAAGAACUCUGCGCACUGCAAUCUCCUCUCUGUGCGUAAAUAUAUGUUAUAUAUAAUAUAAAACUAAAUAAUAAUACAGAGAAUCCAUCUCUGUUACUGUUAUGGAAAUA